CGACUUACGUCAAUCCACGCCUCAGAUUAGCGAAGAAUUUUACUGUAAGUGGCCAUGUCGAAGCAAGCUGAGCAGAUGCAGAUCCUUGCGGCCACUUCCUUAUAUUGCUUUUCCUCUGUAGGGAUGUUGCUCUUCAACAAGCUCGCCAUCCAGCACUUCCCCCUGGAGUGUUCACUGGUGUGGGCCCAGCUCUUCUUUUCCGCCGCCUGCUUGAGCCUCUUCGCCUUUCCCUACAUCCACGUUGGCUCGAUGAAAGACUUGCUACGCUGGUGCAUGGUGGUGCCCUUCUACUGCGGCAUGCUGUUGACCUCCAUUCUAGCCCUGAAACACGCUCCCAUGUCGCUGGUCAUCGUGCUGCGCAACACCUCUCCUUUGGGAACCUUGGUGUUUGAGCGCUUCUACCCAGAGCCCUUGCGUAUCAGCGGACGGAUGUUGGGAGCCAUCCUGAUGAUGAUGAUAGGUGCCAUGAUGUACGUGUCCAAGUUGCCUGUCAACAGCUGGCAGGGAAUCGGUUGGGUGCUUCUCAACAGUGCCAUUGCUGUGGCAGACCGGCUGUUGCAAAGGCUGUUGCUUUCAAAAGAGCAGUGCCCUGUGGAUAUCUCAAAGACUGGCAUCACCUUGAUCAACAACUUAGUUGGUCUGCUUCCAGUUGGUGUGGCCAUGUACUUCAAAGGAGAAUUCUCUCAGUUGCCAGCAGCGGUGGCAUUGCUCAGUCCAAUCGAUAAGGCCUACAUUGCGGUAAGUUGUGUCAUCGGCCUGGCCAUCAGUUACACCAGCAUCUGGGCGCAAAGUCUCAUCAGCGCGACCAGCUUCCUGGUCAUGAUCAACGCGAACAAGUUCAUCAUCAUUGGUAUCGAGGCCUUUGGGCUGCACAGCAAGGCCCUGAGCGCGAUGCAGAUCGCUGGCGCCUCGUUGACGAUUUUGGGCGGCGUGGCAUAUGGCAAGGCACGACAGGCUAUUGAGGAGGAGGCGGAAGAGAUGAAAUUCCUUCUGCCACAAAAGGACGGCAUGCCUCCCCUGAAGGUCAAGGGCUUCAGCUGCUGAGCGGAUCCCUAGCGCGGAGACCCUGUGUUUGCUCCAAGCGAGCAGCUCCGGACGCCGCGGAUGAAAAU